CACAGUGAGAGAGACACAGAGAUCAGACGAGCAUCAUAAAAUAAAACAUCAAUAAAACAGGAGAAGAAUAGUGCAGAUAUUUCGCGCUUAUUUCGCACAGUUUGUGAUUUAUUGUGAGGUUUCUGAUGGAUCUGGUGCAGUUUUAUCAUCCGGAAUCUUUCUCCUUCUCUUCUGAACCGAGCAACUUUCUGAACAUGAUGCCAAUCAACACCCACUGCCCCGCCUACAUCAAGGCAGAACCAUCAAGCCCCGCCUCCCUGCCAGACAGUCUGACCCAGCACAGUCCAGGCGCAUCAUCGGAUGCUGGAAGCAGCUAUAGUUCUGAAUGUAAAGAGAUUCAAACAGGACUGGACUCCCCAGUGUUGCGCCCCCCUGCGCCCUGCAGGCACCUGGAGGAAUCACAGGUGAAGAGGGACUACAGGUUGAGUCCGGGCACCAAACGCCUGUGUCUGGUGUGUGGAGAUGUUGCAUCUGGAUUUCACUAUGGCGUGGCUUCCUGUGAGGCCUGCAAAGCUUUCUUUAAACGUACCAUUCAAGGUAAUAUAGAGUACAGUUGUUCGGUCAGCAGGGAUUGUGAGAUCACUAAGAGACGGCGGAAAUCUUGUCAGGCCUGUCGCUUCACUAAGUGUCUGUCUGUGGGGAUGCUGCGAGAAGGUGUGCGUUUGGACAGGGUGAGAGGAGGACGACAGAAAUACAAGAGGCCCAACUCGAAUUCCAGCGUUUACCUCAGUGUACAUCUACCUCAAAAUAAACAAUUGCCCCAGAGCAGUCAGGAUGAGAAUAAGGUGGUGGCACUCUUGUUGGGGGCGGAGCCAGAAAGGGUGUGUGCUAUGCCUGACCCCGCCCUCCCAGACAGUGACAUCAAAGUAUUAACGACACUGUGUGACCUCGCUGACAGGGAACUGAUGCUGAACAUCAGCUGGGCCAAACACAUACCAGGUUUCUCCAGUCUCUGUCUCUCAGACCAGAUGAGUUUACUGCAGAGCGCAUGGAUGGAGGUCCUCAUCCUCCGCGUGGCGUUUCGCUCACUGCCCUGUGAGGACAGGCUGGUGUUUGCGGAGGAUUAUAUCAUGGAUGCUGAACAGGCCAAAUCAGCGGGACUACUGGAGCUCCACGUGGCCAUUUUACAGCUGGUGCGCAGGUACAGAUCCAUGAGACUGGAGCGAGAAGAGUUUGUCACCUUGAAGGCCAUCGCUCUUGCCAACUCAGACUCCAUGCAUAUAGAAGAUGUGGAGGCGGUUCAGGUUUUGCAGGACUCUCUCCAUGAAGCCCUACUGGAUUAUGAACGAGUCCAGCACAGGGAAGAUCCUCGACGGGCAGGGAAACUCAUCAUGACCCUUCCGCUCCUCCGUCAGACCUCCGCCAAAGCCGUGCGUCAUUUCUGCACCAUAAAACAGGACGGUCGCGUCCCAAUGCACAAACUUUUCCUGGAACUUCUAGAGGCCAAUGCCUGAUCUCUGUUCCCAUUGGAUCAUCAAACAAAGGUGACUCCACCCCCAUACUCAUUUAGGAAGGACAAUUGUUUGUGAAACCACGGGCAAUGAUGAAAUAUAACAGUACAUACAAAAAAUCCUAAGUGUGUACAAGGAAUCUUGUAUAUUGUGUAGGAGUGUUGAUGAAGGUUUCAGUGAUCGAAUGGAGGAACUACUGUACAUCUGACACUUGAAGGCUUUUUUCUGUUUUGUUGUUUUCAUCCAGGAUAAACAGCUUUUAAUUUGCUGAUAAAUUUAGGACACACUGUUUCGUCAAAGAAAAACUGCACUUCUGAAACAAACAUGAAGGAAAACAACAGUGUUAUACACACCGCUUUAAAGAUGCAAUGUGUAAAUUUGAGCAGGAUCUCUUGACAGAAAUGCAAUAUAAUAUACAUAACUAUAUUAUCAGUGGUGUAUAAAGAUCGUACAACAUUUUUAUAACUUUAGAAUGAGCCGUUUUUAUCUACAUACAACAUGGGUCCCUUUACAUGGAAGUCGCCAUUUUGUGGCGUCAUACCCUAAACGGACAAACUGUUCUAUAUAGCGCGUUUCAUCACUACGUCACCUCACACGAUGACAUGUUUGUCAUGUGGCGGCUACCGUAGCUUCUCUAUGCAUUUUUUAAAGGGAGGGGUGAUGUCUCACCGCUAGAUGUCGCUAAAAAAACUUCACAGUGGACCUUUAAGUUUAAAUGUAGGUGUAGUCUAAAUUAAAUUAUAUUAUAAUGUAUAUGUAUUGGUUAGGAAAGUGGUCAAAAGAAACGUUGUAUAUCAAAUAUCAUUUCCAGAAAGAAAAUAUCAAAAAGUACACUUCUGAUUUAAAAAUGAAUGCAUUUUAUCAAUUGUAUCAUUACCUGAUUGGUGAUUAUUAUCCAUUAUUGUUAUUUUACAUGUAUAGAAAGGAUUUGUUUUAUCGGUCAAAUUGUGUGUGUAUUUAUGAAUCAUAUCCAAAUCACUGGAUGUGUUGUUUUUAUGAAAUAGAUCGAACUUAAACUGAGCUGAAAAACUUUAAGCUGAUAACCGGCCUUCUUUGAUCCAAUUGUGUUUUACCACAUAUACCUUUCAGCACUUGACAAAAUAAGCCAUACCAAUAUAUAUGUUUUUAACAACAAAUAAAUAUGUGAAUACUGUAUGA